UGAAUUUUGAUCAUACAACAGUCACCAUAAAUACAGAUGAUCAAUAGUGAACAUCUAUCAGUUUGAAAAAGCAGAACUAACAAGCCACAUAGCACAGUUCAAAAAAAAAUAAAAAAAAUGGCCGUCAAGAUGAUCAUUUUCGCCGCUUGCGUGGCCACCACACUCGCCCAAUACGCCGCCCCAGCAUACCCAGCUCAACACGCUGAAGCCGAACACGCUUACGCCCCAACCCCGUACAACUUCGAAUACAGCGUAAACGACCCACACACCUACGACGUACACAGCCAAUCCGAAUCCAGCGACGGAAACGGUAACGUCAAGGGAACUUACAGCCUUUUGGAAGCCGACGGUUCAACCCGUGUCGUCGAAUACACCGCCGAUGACCACAGCGGUUUCAACGCCGAAGUCAAGAAAAUCGAAGGACAUAGCCAAGGUUACAAGGCACCGUACAGCGCACCUGCUGCCCCAGCCUACAAGCCAGCUUACUCUGCACCAGCAUACUCUGCACCAUCUUACUCUGCACCAGCUUACUCUGCACCAUCUUACUCUGCACCAGCCUACAAGCCAGCUUACUCUGCACCAGCUUACUCUGCACCUGCAUACUCUGCACCAGCACACUCUGCACCCGCAUACUCUGCACCAGCUUACUCUGCACCAUCUUACUCUGCACCAGCCUACAAGCCAGCGUACUCCGCACCGUCUUACUCUGCACCAGCAUACUCUGCACCCGCACACUCCGCUCCAGCCUACUACACACUCGCCCAAUACGCCGCCCCAGCUUACCCAGCUCAACACGCUGAAGCCGAACACGCUUACGCCCCAACCCCGUACAACUUCGAAUACAGCGUAAACGACCCACACACCUACGACGUACACAGCCAAUCCGAAUCCAGCGACGGAAACGGUAACGUCAAGGGAACUUACAGCCUUUUGGAAGCCGACGGUUCAACCCGUGUCGUCGAAUACACCGCCGAUGACCACAGCGGUUUCAACGCCGAAGUCAAGAAAAUCGAAGGACAUAGCCAAGGUUACAAGGCACCGUACAGCGCACCUGCUGCCCCAGCCUACAAGCCAGCUUACUCUGCACCAGCAUACUCUGCACCAGCAUACUCUGCACCAGCAUACUCUGCACCAGCAUACUCUGCACCCGCUUACUCAGCACCUGCACACUCUGCACCAGCUUACUCUGCACCCGCACACUCUGCACCAGCAUACUCUGCACCAGCCUACUCUGCACCAGCAUACUCUGCACCCGCUUACUCAGCACCCGCACACUCUGCACCAGCUUACUCUGCACCAGCUUACUCAGCACCCGCACACUCUGCCCCUUCUUACUCGGCUCCGGCCUACAAACCAGCAUACUAAUUUAAUUAGUCGUGUUCCCUACAUGCUUCCAUCUUUUUUUUCACAUUGUUUUCAUUUACCUCU